UCCGAUCGAAGGGGAGGCGAUUGCUUCGAGGACUAGAAAGAGGAGAGCGGCGGCGGCGGCGGUGGCAGUGGCAGUGGAAGUGGAAGUGAAGAAUACUAAUAUGAGAAAGUAGUUGUUGUAGAGGCACCAGCGGCGGACUUGAGAGCGGUGGAGAAGAGGGCUUUGGAAGAGCCGGGUCGGGUCGGUGGUGGUGGGGGCUGAGGAGGUAGCGGAGCAGCCGAUGGAUGAUAAUGAUCAUUGUGCUCGGAGCUCGGACAAGGCUCAUGCCGGGGAAGAUGAGGGUAGCACUGCUCCGCUUCCUGAAAAGGUUCAGGUUGGUGGUUCCCCUUUGUACCAAGUAGAAAAAAAGCUUGGUAAGGGAGGUUUUGGACAAGUGCAUGUAGGUCGUCGUGUCACUGAGAAUCUGGCUGGUCUUAGAAUGGGCCCUGUUGAAGUGGCCUUAAAAUUUGAGCAUCGAAGUAGUAAAGGAUGUCCUUCUGGAGCACCAUAUGAGUGGCAAGUUUACAACAUUCUUGGUGGCAGUCAUGGUGUACCACAUGUACACUUCAAGGGUCGACAAGGUGACCAUUAUAUAAUGGUUAUGGAUAUGCUAGGACCAAGCUUGUGGGAUUUUUGGAACAAAAACUCUCGCACGAUAUCCGUUGAUGUGGUAUCAUGCAUUGCCAUUGAAGCAAUAUCUAUACUGGAGAAGAUGCACUCUAGAGGGUAUGUGCACGGGGAUGUGAAACCUGAGAACUUUUUGCUUGGUCCUCCAGGGACUCCUGAUGAGAAAAAGCUUUUUCUAGUUGAUCUUGGAUUAGCUACUAGAUGGAGAGAUCGUUCAACUGAUCUGCAUAUCGAGUAUGACCAAAGGCCUGAUGUUUUCAGGGGAACAGUUCGAUAUGCAAGUGUGCAUGCUCAUUUAGGCAGAACUGCCAGCAGGAGAGAUGAUCUCGAAUCGCUUGCUUACACACUUAUUUUCCUUCUCCGUGGUCGUCUGCCUUGGCAAGGACUCCAGGGUGAGAAUAAAGGGUUUCUUGUUUGCAAAAUGAAGAUGACUACUUCUUUGGAGACUCUAUGUUCCUUAUGUCCACAGCCCUUCAGACUGUUUAUGGAAUAUGUGGUGAACUUGAAAUUUGAUGAGGAACCCAACUAUGCUAAAUAUGUCGCCCUCUUUGAUGGGAUCGUCGGCCCAAAUCCAGAUAUCAGGCCGAUUAACACUGAUGGUGCACAGAAGGUUGGUCAUAAGAGAGGUCGGUUGAGUUCUGAGGACGAGGAAGACAAACAACCCAAGAAGAGGGUUCGAAUGGGGGUGCCUGUUGCACAAUGGAUAAGCGUUUAUAAUGGUCGUCGACCAAUGAAGCAAAGAUAUCACUAUAAUGUGGCGGAUGCGAGGCUUUCCCAGCACAUUGAGAAGGGAAAUGAGGAUGGUUUGUUUAUCAGUAGUGUAGCAUCUUGUCAAAAUCUGUGGGCACUCAUCAUGGAUGCAGGCACUGGCUUUACCUCGCAAGUUUUUAAACUCUCACCCUACUUUCUUCACAAGGAAUGGAUAAUGGAGCAGUGGGAAAAUAACUACUAUAUCAGUGCGAUCGCUGGAGCAUUAAAUGGGAGCUCGUUGGUAGUAAUGUCAAAGGGUACAAAAUAUUUGCAGCAGUCCUACAAAAUUAGUGAUUCAUUUCCUUUCAAGUGGAUAAACAAAAAAUGGAAAGAGGGUUUCUAUGUUACCUCCAUGGCCACCUCAAAUGGGAGUAAAUGGGGAGUUGUUAUGUCUCGUGGUGCAGGAUUUUCGGAUCAGGUUGUUGAGAUAGAUUUUCUUUACCCUAGUGAAGGCAUUCAUUUCCGGUGGGAUGAUGGAUAUCGUAUUACUGCUACUGCGGCAACUGCGGACCAAACGGCAAUUAUUCUCAGCGAACCAAGAAGACGGACAAUAGAUGAAACACAGGAAACACUUCGUACUUCUUCCUUUCCUACUACGCAAAUCAAGGAGAAAUGGGAGAAAAAUCUUUAUAUUGCAUCUGUUUGCUAUGGUCGAACAGCUUCAUAAGCCUGCCAAAUUUUUAUGAGGCCAUCUCUGACAUCAUCAAAAGAUGCUUUCCUGUUAGCUCUUCUCAUUGGGCAAACCUGUAGGGAAGUAGAGACUCUGGAUUCUGAAAAGGCUUUCAGGCUAGAGAAGUUUUGAUGUGCCCAAACUUCAACUGUAGCUGUAGCACAUGAACUACAGAGGUAGGGGCUGAAGUAGUGUUAGUUGUGUUGAUAUUGUAUUUAGCUGAUGUCCAUCAUGCCAAAAGCCGAAGAGAAUGAUGCGUGUGAGCACUUAUUGCCCUCCUGUUUGUAUGCUCUAGGACAAUAAGUGUUUGGAUAAGGGCUUUAUGCCCUUGUCAUUUUUGUGACUACCCCAUUUUGCAUUAUAUGGCAUUGCAUUGGAUUCAAAUCUGUAUAAAACUUAAAUUUGGUGUGUUAAUGCUUCGGUUUCCUUGUCCCUUGAUCUCUUGUAUUUCUUAUAAGAGGGUAACAAGUAUUGGUUAUGC